AUGGAUAACUCUUCUUCCGACUCGUCUUUCAGCUCGUUGGCGCGAGAACGAAACACCAUCAUGGCCCGUCUUCAGGAACAAAGCCACAUUCUCCGGAGCUACCCCGAGCAACGCACCGAAGUCAUCGCUGCCAUGGACGACCUCACCUGCCGGCUGGAGCAGAUCAAGCUAAAUGGGCCCAGCGAGGCCCGCCGGGUGAGUCUGGCUGGUUCGAAUCCCCUCGAAACUAGCUUUGUGGAUCACUGCAAUGCCUUCAAGACCGCCGUGGAGGAGCAGAACAACAUCCUCAAGGCCGAACCAGGACAGUCGGCCGAAGUUGCCCGGCAGCUUGAAUGCAUCACCCGCGGCAUGGCUCGCCUCACGUUGGAUGACCCUGCCCCUAUCAAGACGGGCACCUUCUGCACACAUUGCUGA